AUGCUGUGGAAUCGUAGAACUGACACUUUAUCUUGUGAUGUUGAUUUAGGAGUUGAAAUGAUAGAGCCAUUUACUCGAAGAAAGUUACUUUCCGUUGCACAAAGAGUAUUUGAUCCGAUCGGGUUUUGCUGUCCUGUAACAUUGUAUCGAAAAUUACUUCUUCAAGAAAGCUGGAAGUCAAAACUCGGAUGGGAUGACGAACUAUCAACAGAUGUAACUGAAAAGUUUAAGAAGUGGUUUAAGGACCUUCAUCUUUUGAAGGUGGUUGAAAUUCCAAGAUAUAUGUCAAUCGACAACUGUGUAUCAAUCAGUCUUCAUACAUUCUGUGAUGCAUCUAAAUUGUCUUUCGUAACAGUCACUUUCUUAAGAAGCGAAAGUAAAGAUCAAGUGUCAGUGCAAUUGGUACUUGCUAAAUCAAGAAUUGCACCAUUGAAAACGAUGUCAAUCCCUAGGCUGGAAUUAAUGGCAUGCACAAUAGGCGUACGUCUCACUGAUACAGUAAAAAGGGCUUUAAGUAUCCAAGACAUUGAAGAAUAUUAUUGGACGGACUCGACUUCAGUGUUGUAUUGGAUAACUCAUGAAGAUACAUGGACUGUGUUUGUAAAAAAUCGAGUUAAGGAGAUAAGGAAAUUGUCUGACCAAACAAAGUGGCGACAUGUGCCAGGUUCAGAGAAUCCUUCGUACUUACCUUCAAGAGGUUGCUCAGUGCACAAACUGAUAGAAUCUCGUUGGUGGGAGGGUCCUCAUUGGCUGAAGUUACCGAAAGAAGAAUGA